AUGCUGCCUGAGCAUAGCCUCCUCAUCCAUCUCCUCUGCGUCGGCCUCCUCUUUGCUGCGCUCUUCAUUCCACCGUCGGCAUGUCGAGCGGUGGAGCUUUCCUUCGCUGUCUGCUGUAGCGUCGGCAUCAACAGCACACAUGACAUGGAGUUAGAUACCCUCAUCAAGGCGAGCAACUCGGACGAGUGCGUCGCUAUAAAACAGGUGGAUCAAAUCUUCAAAGAGAUUGACGACAUCAAUGCUGAAUUACCAGACGAUCAAAUGGCCAAAUGCCUGCAGGUCAAACGAGGCUGCUUCUACGCAGCAAAGGCUAAUGUCUUCUGCGAGAAUGCAGCCCGAAGUAUAUAUUCUCCUGACGACAAGCUAACGCCCAUUAGUCACUUUUCUCCUGAACUUCUCAAAUCCCCGAGAGAUUGCUGCAAAAGACACAAUCGACUUCCAGCAUUGGAUGUAGUUUCGGACGACAGCAUGGAUUUUGACAUCAACGGCGUUCCGCUCUGUUGCACGGUCAAAGGCUAUGAAGUUCCCCAGGACCUGGAUCCCUUUGCUAAUGCGAUUACAACAAGGAGUAGUGCAGAGUCUUACGAGCGACCAACGAACAGUCAUAGAGCCAAGUCUACUUCGGUGACUGUUAUAGUCUCUGUACCAUCAACUACAAUGACGGUGACGCAAUCGUCAAUGUCAACCAGCAGCCACAACACAAAGUCGUAUACGGAGCACGCGAGCUUCGAGCCAAUCACCACAACAGUCAAUUCGACGGAGCACUCGUACUCGUAUACAUACUCCACGUCUCCUCCUCCGACUGUCCCAUCGCAUUCACAUCCUCCUUAUUCACCUCCACCUCCACCUCAAACGCAACGCAGCACAGAGGCGGAACUCGUCUGCGAGCCUGGCUUCACGUGGAACCCAGAAAAGCAGCUUUGCCUCCACACAUUAGCUCGAUGUCCCAAGGGCAUGUAUCUUUCAGUGAAUCAAAGCAAAUGCCUACCAAAAAUUGGUGACAGGUUCAAAUGCCCUCCUGGUUACGAGUUUCGCAACGAUAUGAAUGGCUGUGAGGACGUGAAUGAGUGCGAGGAGGGCGUUUUGGAGGGUAGUCACUACGUGGCCGCCUGUCCCAAGUCUGGUCAGCAGUGCAUCAACACUGGGGGGAGCUACGAGUGCAACUGCAAGCAAGGCUUCCAAAAAACCCGAGACGGAGAAUAUAUUGAUGAGUGUAAGGCUUCUUCGGAGGUCUGCAAAGCAGGCUACGAAUGCCGAAACGUGAUCGGAUCCUUCCAGUGCAUUCGUCAAGUGCCCUGUGGCUUUGGCUACGUGCUCAACUCCGAGACCCAGGAAUGCGAAGGGUGCGUUUCAUCGCCCCUCGAUGUCGGAGAAUUUCUUAUUUCACGAAUAGACAUCGACGAGUGCAAAGCACAGCCGGAUAUCUGCGGUCCGAACAUGAUCUGUGUAAACGUACGAGGUGGAAUGAAGUGCGUCCCGAAAAAGUGCCCCGGAAAACUGAGCAUAGACAUCAACGAAUGCGAGCUGAACGCGACUCUUUGCAGAGCCUUCGAGCGAUGCACCAACCGUCCUGGCGACUACAUCUGCGAGCCGAAGUUGCGCUGUGAGAUGGGCUUCCAACUCAAUAAGAACGGAACCAGUUGCGAUGACAUUGACGAAUGCAAAUUGAAAGCUUUCAAUUGUCGACACGGUCAGAUAUGUGUAAACACACCUGGUGCCUACGAAUGCGAGCUCUCCCCUUGUCACCUCACCGAGAGGUAUGAUUACGCUUUAGAAAAAUGUGUUUGCUCCACGGGAUUCCAGCAUCGCGGAAGAGAAUGCGUCGAUAUAGAUGAGUGUGCAGAGGAGGAAAAACAUGGAGAUCGUCAAAACCCACUGUGCGGUUCACAUCAAGUGUGCGUAAACACGGUUGGUGCCUACAGAUGUGUCACACUAACUGAUUGCCCAAAGGGCUUCCAUCGAACAUCUCCAAAAGCAUCAUGUACAGAUAUCAACGAAUGUGCGACGGGGGAAGCGAACUGCGGUCCGAAUAUGCACUGUGAAAACACCCUUGGGUCUUACCGAUGUCUCUGCGAAAGAGGCUUUAAAAACAUAAAUGACACUGCCUGUGCCGGUACCUGUACCUUACUACAUGUACCUACCAGUAAGAAUGUCAGCGAAUAUAUUGUAGAUAUCAACGAAUGUGAGGUAUUUCGCCCGGAGGAAUCGUGCCCGGACAGGCGUGCCCGCUGUGUAAACACUGCUGGUAGUUACCGUUGCAUUUGUCCAAACGGAUUUGUCUGGCACAGCUACCCUGUCUAUGCCUGUCGAGAUGUCAAUGAAUGUGUGCUCGAGAUUGAUACGUGCGGACCUGAGCACCGAUGUGUUAACGACGAGGGAGGGUACCACUGUGAAUGCGCGAAGGGAUACCGCCUCAAUUGGGAUAAUAGAACUUGCAUCGAUAUUAAUGAGUGUACGGAGAAGGGCGCAGGCGCGCUGUGCCAGAGUGGAAUUUGCGUCAACACUCCCGGCUCCUUUCGGUGUGACUGUCCCUCUGGCUUUCGUCUCGGAAAGGGUGGGAACUGUGUUGACGUUAAUGAGUGUCAGGAGCGGGACGGCAUUUGUACUUCACGCCACGCCCGAGGGAUCACAUUCAGUUGCGUAAACCUCCAUGGUUCUUAUCGCUGCGUCUCCAAGCGUUGUCCAUCUAUGUAUGUAAAACAAAAAAUUCCGAAUGGAUACAGGUGCUCCUUAAUGCCAGAAUAUGAAUGCAAUACCUUUGAUCCGUACUGUUUGAAGGAUAGACCACUCCGAAUUGAUCACCUGCACAUCGAAUUACCCUCAGUUUUGAAGAAGCGAAUAGUUCUAGGUGAGUUGGAUUCUUCAGUGGUCAAACGUGGAACUGUGAAUGUUGAACUACUGGAACACUAUGCUUACGACACACGCACAAAGCGUCACAUUUCAGUGAAGAAUUCGCUGAAGUUAGCCGUGAAAGCCUCUGAUAGACGAACGGUUGAAUUGUUACUGGUCAGACCGAUUGAACCUCCGGCGGACAUUUUUGUCUCUGUUCGCCUAUCCGAAAUGCGCGGACAGAGAAGCAAAGUCCGAUCCAACACAAGGUUUUACCUCUACGCGACUGAAAAUAACAACUUGAAUUCAACCUCCAUCAGCAAUGAUAUUGAUGAAUGGCGGAGCAAGAAAUGA